GGAUGGUUGGGUUUGGGCGGAAGUGGCUUUGAAGCCUGAGAAGAGCGAGAUGGGGGUGAAGCUGGAGGUGUUUCGGAUGACCAUCUACCUCACCUUCCCUGUGGCUAUGUUCUGGAUUGCCAAUCAGGCCGAGUGGUUUGAGGACUAUGUCGUACAGCGCAAGAGAGAGCUGUGGCCCCCUGAGAAGGAAGACCAGCGCCAAGAGCUAGAAGAAUUCAAAGAAAGGAUACGGAAGCAGCGGGAGGAAAAGCUCCUUCGUGCUGCCCAGCAGAGGUCCUGAGGCCUCCCAAGUGCCUGAAUCCCUGCCUCUCCGCCCACAGAAUGACACACAUACACGGUUCUUCGUUG